AAUAUACAAUACUGUCUCAAAAACAUCUGGAUUGACAUUGACAAAGAUGGUUCUCGAUUCUCUCAUAAGUUAAGAUUAGAAAAGCAACUAUAUGUUAAGACAAAUUAUUUAAAGAAUUUCAAGAGAACAUUAAUAUUUGUAGAUGCUGAAACAUUUUGUAAAUAUGAAAAAAGCAGAUGUCAGAACUAUAAAUCUUACACAUAUUGUAAGACACAAGGAUUCACUUUCUUUGGAAAUACAGAAUUGGAUUGUAAAAAAGUUCUAAAAAAGUUAGUUCAACCUUCUGAUAAUGAUGCUUAUCUAAGAUAUAGUGUAAAUGUUUGUGAAUAUUGUGAUUCAUAUUUAAUAGCGCUUUACCAAGGCCAAAGCUACAAUGCACUUCUAGAUAGUGAUCAG